AUGUGCGACAUGCCGUUCUUCCCGAUCUUCCCGAUCUGUUUCCAAUGUGGCACUGACCAGAAUCCCUGUCACUGUAAGGUGGUCGGGCCGACGCUGGGUCAUCUGCUGGCCCGCCUCUAUCUUCUGUGGCUGCAACUGCACCAAGACCGGGAAGGAUAUGCUGGGAUACCCCGUCAAACUAAACGGACAAGUCAGCAAUGCCAUACCCUUCUGACGGGCAGAGAUUAUUGA